UCAGUGGCCUCCAAGCCAGUGUUGGGGCAUGGGGACAGCAUCAUUGGCACCUGCUCCCAGAUGCAAACCCAUCUUUUAAUGAAAGAAAUCUGAGCUGUAUAUUUUGUUUAUUGUUUUAUAGGUAUUUAUUAGGAUUGUCUACGUGUAUGUGUGUACUCAUUUGCAUGUCUGAGUGUGUGCAAUUGCACACAUACCUCUUGAAUAUCUUUGUUAGUUUAAUGUUGCAACACCUGCAUGGAAGCAUUUGCAAGACCUGUAGGUUUUGUGGACUCUCCCUGUGCUAUGCUUGAGUGUAAGUAUGUUUGUGUGGUUGUGGGUAUGUGAGGUGUGUCAGUAAUUUUUUCUGGUGGUGAGUAGGCGGCUGGGGCAUCAGAUUUGAUGAAGAGAUUAUCCCUCCUAUUAUCUUGCUGAUCAGUCUAACCCAACUUCUCCUUAGUGAAAGUUUUAUGACUUCUGGGGGUCAUGAACUUGGGGGGUUUUCACUCACAGCCACAUGGAAAAUGUGUGUCUGUGCACACUGUGUAUACAAAUAUGUGGGUCAGUUUGGAUCAAAGGUAUUUUAUUGGGUCACCUUUAUUUGAAUCCAAAAAGAUGCAUUUGAUUGUUGAAAAUGGUUACCUCAAGUUGGUUGUUUUAUCUAAAUCUUGCUAUUAAUUUGAAAGGAAAUAUGUUCAAUAAACUUAUUCAAUAUAAUAUUUGAAAUACAAUUGUUCUUGCAUUUGUUCCUUAUGAAUGGCCAAGUGAGACAGGGUAAACAUUUUCAGCGUUUGGGAGUGUUUGACUGUGACAAUGGAUGCAAGAUGCAGGCAUGUCCCAGAAUUCUACUCUCACUGGAAAAGAUUUCCAGGACAGAAUCUAUACCCCUGGAAGUGAUGCUAGAAUAUAUCCUUUUCCACAUUAGAAUUGAUGUUGAGUGAAAUGAGUGAACUGAUGUAAUUUAAAUGAAAAAUUAAACUUGAAUAGAAUGAAAGUGGCAAUCAUUCUCUGACCUUGACCCCUGCUCUAUGAUCACUGGGCUGUGGCCACUGAUAUGUGAGCUCUGGGAAUCUAAUCUAAUAUUCCCCCAACAUUCUUGAAAUGUGUGUUAGCUGGAGUUCUGUAAAUUCAUUGUUGUAUGCGUGGAUACACAUUUUAAAACUAUCAGCCAUUGUGCUACACAAAGAUAAGGGUGCCUACCAGGCAGAUGUUUCGCCCGGCUCAGUUCUAUUUCUGUACCACCUGACCACAAACAUGUCUUCUUCACAUCCUGUCGAGCAUCAAAAUACAGAAAGACCUGCAGGUCUGUAGAUGCCACAAUCCCACCAUGUAUCUGCUUCUGCUCUGUCUGACUCUCCAGCUCCUGGACCCCACAGGAGCUUCUAACAGUGGCAUUAGAGGAGGGAAAGCGGCUAAACCCCACUCCAGGCCCUACAUGGUCUCGCUGCAGUCUAAGGGGUAUCACGUCUGUGGGGGACUACUCAUUCGCAAGGACUUUGUGCUGACCUCAGCACACUGCAUAAAAUAUAAACCUUUGGAAGUAGUUUUGGGGGCUCACAACAUAAGUAAACAUGAGACAACUCAGCAGCGAAUUCAAGUGGGAAAAUUUCACCCUCAUACUUCAUAUUUAAAUGCCAAUCAGUGCGAUUACGAUGUGAUGUUACUGAAGCUGAAGACCAAAGCCAAACUUAACAAAUACGUCAAAGUGAUUGGACUGCCGAGAAAAGACGGCAACAUCCCAGCAAACAUCAAGUGUUCAGUGGCUGGCUGGGGGCAAAAACGGAGUGGUGGGCACGCUGAGGGUGUUCUUCAGGAAGUAACCCAGACCAUAGAGAAAAACGCGCAGUGCAAAUCGUUCUGGCAGAAGUACUUUUUCAACAAACAAAUGAUCUGCACUCGUUCUGAAAGGGACAGGGGAUUCUGUCAGGGAGAUUCAGGGGGACCCAUAAUUUGUAACAAGAAGCCACAAGGUAUUGCAGCUUACAACAAUGGGUGUAAUGAAUCCAAAUAUCCUGACGUCUACAUGAAAAUUCCAUUUUUUGUUCCUUGGAUCAAUAAGACAAUAGAAGGAUACAACUGAAGAUUAUUAUGAAUUUUAUAAAUGAAUCUAUUAUGAAUCUAUACAUAAAAUAAAGCAAAUGGCAAAAGGA